CAUGAUUGCAUACUGCCAUACGUGUCUUUUUCAAUAAGGUUCCCCACUAUAACACCAUUGUCUACUUCUAACAACAUUCACCACCACCCUUAUCUCGUUGUUCUCUCUUGUGAUUUUUAUCAAUGUCAAACUCUGAAUCUGAAGUUUCCUCAUCUCCAUCUUCUGAUUCGGUUGCCAAGCCGUGUCCUGCUAAGGUUCAAGUGGUUUCGAAAUCUGUAUCCGACCGCCUUCUCGACAAGUUCUUCGAUGUGUCUGAAUUCAACUUUGAUUACUCCAAGAGUGGAAUUUGGUCUCCCCCUGUUAAAAGAAGUGCCUUUCUAAGCUCCCCUGGAAGGAUAUUCAAUGAACAAGAGAUGCUCGAAAGGCCCAAAGUUGUAAUGGACAGACGUCGUAGUAGUAGAAGAUUCAAUGUUUGUUUCAACGCAUUUUGCUGUUCUUGAAGCAACCAUUGGAACUUUUCAUUGGUUACCCUGUAAGUUCAUUUUAACAACAAAAGGAG